CUUCACUUCUGUGAUUUGUCUUGACGUCACGUCUUGUCUGACGUUUAUCUGUUGACAUCGUCACCGCGAUUUGACAUUUGAUAGUUUUUCUUGUAGGAGUACAGAAAGAGAUUGUGCCAGCCAAAAAUUAGUUUUAAUCCAUAAAAAUGUCACUGCAAGAUAAACUAUCUGCCCUUAUGGCACGACCAGGACAAGAUCCAGUGGCCAAAGACGAUGUUCCAUGGUGGAUGAGAUUUGCUGGAAGAGGGGUUGGAACAUUUGGAGGAUUUGUUGCAAUGUUUCUUGGAGUAUGGCUCUGCGUCAGUCUUUCCUUCACUACAAUAGUGGCUGGUUUGUGGCAAAUUGUAGCUGGGUUUAUUGUUUUAAGCUGUGAAGCACCAUGUUGCUGUAUGUUUGUGGAACAUAUUCAAAAACUUGCUGAUUUUAUAGAUGGUAGACCUUACUGGAAUAGAGCUGCCGCAUAUGGCAUACUUGCCUUGCCGCCAAUUAUACUAGCCUUCGGAGUAACUUCGAUGUUCGGUAGUGGUUUGAUCUUUCUGACUGGAGUAAUAUAUGGGAUGAUGGCGUUAGGGAGAAAGGCUACAGCUGAAGAGAUGCGACAAGCAGCGACUGCAGAGGAAAACGCAGUGCCACCAUCAAAAGGAAUGCGAUCGAAUCUUGUCGCUCACGCUCAGCCUAUCAGUUUUAGCGGUGCGCCGGUUUUUGACAGCAAUGUCUGAAAAUGUCUUCGCACUAUCACAUCCUCGUUUUCCAUAUUCGGUCAUCCCUUAUACCCCCCUACCCCAAUUUUGAUAUAAAAGUGAAAGUUGACCAUUGAUAUGUAGAAGUCAGAGUACAAAAGUAUAAAUAGUAGAAAAAAGGAAAUUGUGCAAGAAGUAUGUAUAAUUUAUAUACGUUCAUAUCAGGGUUGGCAUAGAAUUUCCUCAUCUUAUAAAACCCAGCGGGUUUUUUCGGGUUUUUGCAAUUGAUAAAACCCACUAUUAUUGGGUUUUUUGGGGUUUUUUCAAAAAUAGCAAAUUUUCAGUUGAAUGAACGUCAUAUUUAUUUCGGAAUAAAAACAAAAACUAGCAUAAAUACCAUGAAGUAAGUAGUAGGUGAAUACAAAACGAGAGAAAUUGAAACUAAACUAAUAAAACACUUAUUUUAAACAUGGUAUAUAGACAAAUAAAAAAAUAAACAAGUUUCUUGUUAAACAAAGCAUCAGCAAAGCAUAUUAGUUAUCAGGAAAAUCAGAAUCUGUAUUUUUGUCACAUUCCCAAUUCCCAUUCGUUAUUCGUUAGACUCGAUCGAGGAAGAGGACUCGGUUCUAGGCUUAUGAUUAUAUAUUUUUACCAAGUUCACCUAAUCUGUUGCGAAGCUUAGUCCAUAUUAAUCCAUAUGAAGAAAAAAUCCGCUCAAUAGAUGCAGAUGAAGCUGGACAUGAGAACAAAGAUAACAUAUAAAUACAAAAUUCAUAUGGUAUUUUAUUUGUUUUUUUAUUUUUUAUUGAUAUCAGCUUCCACCAUUUCUUUGUUGAGAAUUUUUUGACAAGUUCUUCUUUGAAAAGUGUUGCGGGGAACAUAUAUGUAUCCUUAAUCUUGAAUGAUAACAUCACUGCCAAAAACUUAUCAGAAAGAUUCGAUGCAACCCAUUGUUCGACUGUUUCCUCUUCUUCCCCUGUAAGUCGUCUUCCCAUGUAUUUGUGAUCCAUAGUAUUUGCAAAAAGGUGAAAUGGUUGAAUGGCAAAGUCAUAUCUCUUUUUUAUUUCUUGUCUGUAUGACUGUAACAAAUCAUGGUCGAGGGCAUCUUUCCAUAUUUCUACUGCAUCAGAAAUGUUUACAGAAUCGCUUUGGAAUCUGUCUAGAGCUUUCACAAUAACGGCAAGUUGUUUUUGCAAAUACAGAGCCUCUCUAUAUAUGGCGACAUUAUCUAAUAUUUUGGAGAUAUUUUUAUCAAAUUCUUGCUCCUUCUCUGUCCUAAUUUCAACAUAUAUGUGACAGUUGCUUAUAAAUUGCUGACAUUGUCAAGUUGCUUUAUUUUGUAAGCAUAUUUUGUUAUUUUAUUAUUUUUGCAAUAAAAUUCAUAAUUUUUGUGAAACUUUUGAUAGAGCAGAAACUAUAUAUCAAAUCUAAAUAAAAAACUGAAAAUCUCCAAAAAAACCCGAAAAAACCCCAAGAAAUCCGUCGGGUUGGGCUUUAAAAAAAAACCCGGGUUUUUUCCAACCCUGGUACAUAUAUCGUACAAAAAUGUUGACAGCUGCAUAGCCCAAAUAACCCUCUCAGGCAUAUACUGCAAGACCAUUACAACAACGUCAUCCACUUGUUUCGCUAUGUAAAGUAAAAUGAGGUUAUUAGACCCAGAAAAACUGUAUGAAUUAAUUAAAGACGGUGUCAACUAAACAUUUCCAUGAACAUCAUUUAGGCCAAAAGUAACUCAUCUAUAACUUAGGUUUAGUUGGUUUUGACAAAAAUAAUGUGGUUCUCAGGUACCUAACUAUUUUUUAAUUAAAUAUAUUUGUGUAAAUAAUAUACCAAAAGGAAUAUUCACACUUCCUCUAACCCGUCAUUCUGUGACACCUGUUUCGCUAUUUUUAGCUCUUCAGACAGAACUUGCUUGGAAGACGAGCCAAAGAAAAUAUGCUUUCAUACAUCUUAAAUAUAUAAUUAUAAUAUAUUUGUACUUCCAAAUAAUUUGCUUACUUAACAAAUUUAUGGUACAACGAAUAUAUUAUAAUAGAUUUGUACUUCCAAAUAAUUUUCUUACUUAACAAAAUUAUGGUAUGAUACAACGAAUAAAAGAUGUAUAAGACAUAAUCACCCCUGUGAUGUAUCAAACACGUUAUAAAUAACGUGCACGUUAUCCUGCAUUUACGUUAAAUUCUACAGAUUGAUGUGAUGUAUGACAGAUAACGUUUCUCAAAAGCGUUAUCUCAUAACGUGUAGCCGUUAUCUGGUAACGUAACAGGUUCAACUUAACGCCACCUAUUUAACCUCUUGGUAUAAAAUAACGUGUAGUAUAAAGAAUAAAUAAAUAUAAAAAAUGGACAAUUUAGUCCAGAAUUUUGUCAGAUUGUAAACGUCGGGUUAUUAAAAUAAUUAGAUGAUGCUAUUUUGUAAAGUUAUUUUUUAUAAAUAUUGUAUUAUUUUUGAGGUUAUGUUAUUUUUAAACAAAAACAUUUUAUUCAUAUAAAUGAAGAAAACAUACAGACUAUAAAAGACCAGUUUGGCCAGAUUCGGUAAAUCCAUUUGAAUGUUCUUUUUGUUGUUUAUUUCAAGCCUUGAAACAACACGACAAACAAAAAUUAAAUAAACUGCACAAUGCACAAUAGAAAGAACACCUCACGGGCCCAGGGCUGGGAAUUUCAAAUAACAUCUUGGUUUUGGUGCCAGGGCCAGACCAGAUGUGUAAGUGCGAUGAACAAGAUGCGUACUUCGCCGCACGCUGCAUGUUUAUGUCUGUCUUCCUCUAACGUAUUCAAUUUCUGUAUACUGUUAUUCUUGUCGCGCAAGACGAUGCUUUAACGUUUUGAAAAUAACAUGCUGGAUAACGUGCACGUUAAAAACAUGAUACAUCACAUCUAAUUUUUGGCAACACGUUAUACAGGCUGUUAUAAUCAAACGUUAUGUUAACAUAACGUGUACACGUUAUUUAUAACGGGUUUGUUACAUCACAGGGCUGAAUAUAUAACAUUAUAUAUGUUCUUGUUAAAACGCAGUACCAUGGGACCAUUCACCAAAUUUUUUACGGUCACUUAUUUGGUUUAUAUGUAAACAACGUCAGUAUCAGUCUCAUUUAAAUAAAACUUCCAAAAGGAUAUAAAGCUAGUAUUAUUUUUUACAGAAUAAAUUUUGUAUUCAGACUUCUACAUCUCUCCUCCACUAUUCAUUUUUGUAGAUAAUGUGUAUUAGGUAAUAGUAGUAUCCUAUAUUUUUUAUUUGAAACAUAGAGGCAGUCUUUAAAAUUAGAUAUCAAAACAUAUACAGUCUAAACGAUGAAAUAAGGUCAGUGGGUUUGUACAGCAGUAAGUUAUUCAAGUUUAUUUAAAGGAAGUGUUUUAUAUAAGUCAGAAGAAUUUUACAAUUUAACUAAAAGACAAGUUUUUUAACUUUAACCCGUCUUUAACCCUUAACUUUUUUAACCCGUCUGAAAAAUAAGAAGUAUCCUUAGUGGACCUCCGUAUUCAACUCAAAUUUCUCUGCUCGGCGGCGAGUGACAAAUUUCAAGUUUAGAAACAUAAUAAGUCGCACGGGGCCAAAUCGGGAGAAGUCUGUGGAUGGGGCAGAAAUUCGUAGCCCAAUUCGACCAAUUUGGCCGUGACGACGGCGAAAGUGUUUGUCGAUACGUUGUCAUGAUGGAAGAGCAUUUUUUCUUUGUCACAUGGAGCCGUUUUUUUUUGCAAUGAGGCACCGAAUCGACCCAAUAACUAGAUAUAGUAGACAUGUGACCAUUUUAGCUUCAACCGUGCUUAACCUAGCAUGCCUAGCAUAGCUUACCAUGCUUUCUGCAGGUAAUCGAUGUAGAUCAUAUCUUGUGAAUCCCAGAAAGUGGUGGCCAUAACCGUUCCAGCCGUCAGGACCGGUUUCACGUUUUUCGGAGCACGUUAGUUAAGGGAAUUCCACUCUAAAGUCCUAUAUGUACUUGCAUUCCAUGUUGUUUUAGCGGCCUUUGUUAUUGUAAAAUACGUAUUUAAUUCAGUAUUUAGCUCCAAUUAAAAACCAAUUUUGUUCCAGUUACAUAAUAGUGACGUUGGAUGUAUUAAAUUUGACUGAGAUGAACGAUUACGGCGCAAAAUCUAAAUCAUACCAUUACAUUUUGGCAUUCACAUUUCGGUUAGGUUUAAAACAGACUCUGGAUCCACAAAGUGGCUGAAACAGGCCCCUGAUUUUGUCGCCCCAAUGAUUUUGUAAUGGACGCCACAGUGCCGAGGAUCAGCGACUGUGGCCAGCCACUUUCACAGCCGUUUCGUCUGUAUUAACCCUUAGUCGACUGUGCGACGAGAGGGUCUUGCGGCUCGGUGACUAUUCAAUGACUCGGCACUUCGUUUAUUUUUCGUUUUUUUUUUUCGGCACAAGUUUUUUUUUCGUUUGUUCCUUUUACUCUUAUUGGAAUAUAUAAUAGAGUUAGCGAAAUAAUCAUUUAAAAAUUCAGAGAUAUUCACAAUUACAUAAUUGUAUAAUAAUCUGACUGUACAAACCCGUUGUAAUCAUGGGCACUAAUGCUAUUUUAAAUAUUUUUUAUAUUCUAUUAGAUUUCAUAUCAACUGUCGUUACUUUUAGUAAAUUUUUAUAUUGUGAUAUAAUUUAUUGUUAGCUUAUUGGUAAAUUAUUUUUGUGUCUUAUAAAAAUGGUCAAGUAAUUUAAUAUGGAAAUUUCACUGAGUGACAGUUCAGUGAGUCGCUGGUUCGAAUCCGAUCAAGAGAGGAAUUUUUCUUUAUAAAAACAAUGACUUCUCAUCUUUAUCGGAUCCAGAAUCCGACUUUACAUAGUAACAAGACAUUUAAUAUGUAUAUGAAUACACUACACAAAAGAUCAUUCCCAAUAAGAUUGUAUGGUUGAUGAAGAUACUUUAAAAAGUAUGGAAAUACGUAUAAAUGUUGCGUUUUGUCAAAAAUUAACAAAAGUUGAGUUACCUUUGCUUUUUCACUGCUGGACAUAAGAUUUUCCUCAUAAUUUUCCAUCUAUUUCGAUCAUGUGCUUUUUGCAUCGAAUGUCUAUGGCAACGUUUAAGUCGUCAGUCCAACGUGUCGGAGGGCGACCUCUGUUCCGGUAGGCAUCAUCUGUUGGUCUCCAUUGCAGUAUCCACUUUGUCUAUCUGUUAUCUGUUAUUCGAGCCAUGUGGCGUGACGAUAUAAUUCUGUUGGGGUAUACUUGAUUUUUACAGAUAUUAUAUGCAUGGUGUUAUUAAGCUGAAUAUCUAAGUGUAUUUUUUAUGUGAACGCUAUUCAGUCAUAUCCACAGUCUACAGCCGUGGAGUUAAGUCCAAGAGCUAAGCAUCGAGGUCUGCAGUUGUGCUGCAGAAUUUUUGUAUGCUGUUAUGUAUUAUUACACUUAUGUGUAAAGCGAUUUUGUUGUGAUUGAUUUCAUGACUUUGCCUAGUCCCUGGUUGUUCACUUCUAAGUUUUUUUUAAGCGAUCACUGCUCAGGGAUAGAUUUUUUAAAGUCUAAGGGUUUAAAAGGCAAAGUUUUCAACCUAAUAUAAACAUUAAUAAUAUUGAAAAAUACCAAAAAUAUUAAUAAAAGAUUUUUAAUUGAAAACUUAUUGGUCCAUUUUCCUGGUAACACCUCCAUGGCUUCUAAAAAUUGCAAGCCAGAUGGAUGCUGCAUUAACCCGCCAUUACACGCGCUAUGAGGGAAUCCCUCACCAUAUUUGUUUAUAAGCAAUGAAAUUGUGUAAACUAAUACGAUAACCUUAAGCACCCAGGAAUGCCUUUAGCAUGGUUCAUGAGAGGGUAUGAAAAAGUUAUAGAAUAUUUCAGGCGGUCAGUGUGCUGUGUGAUAGUUGAAAGAAGAGACAUCCCUCUUCAAGUGAGGGAAUUCCUCACUGCGCGUGCAGUCACGGUGAAAUAACGUUUCUGUUAUCUCAAAGAAACUUUUAGGUUUUUAUUUAAUAUUUAGGUAGGUUUAAUUAAAAUAUUAUUGUUUGGAUUAGGUUAGGAACAGUGGCACACCGAGGGGGGUUUGGGGGUUAAAAUCCCACCCAGAGCAUAUAGAAAUAUAUAUAAAAGAAGGUAGGAAAAUGUAACUUAUCUUUCACAAAUAAUACAAAAAACUUUCGGUGCCCAAGCAAACCCCUCUCUACGCAGAGCAAAAUUCUAGGUGCGCCACUGGUUAAGAACCCAUUUUUAAAUUUACCUAUUCUAAUUGGGAAAUAAGCCACAAUUUAACUUGAAACAUUUAUUUUAUUGACGUUUCGAAUUCCACCUCGGACGUCGUUAUCAAAAUACAAAAUAUUAAUAGUUAAUUACAUACUUAAAUGCCACAAAGAAAUAGCUUCAGAACAGUUGUUAAUUUUAAUUUGUAUUUUUAGUAAAUGAACGUUAAUUCCUUCAGUGGCUUGCUGAAAUUGAAAAUUAAGAAAACUUGCUUUUGAUCUAUAUUAUUUUUACUUUUGUUUUGUUAAUUUAAUAAAAAAAUUGGUUUACGAGACUUUCUAUAAUAUGUGAGUACAAUCCAUUUUAUAUUUAUACAUGUUGACAUUCAUUCUUUCUCGAAAUAAGUCGAAUUUAUGUAGGUGAGGGCGACGCUCAUACGCGUGCAACUACGUCACAAUAGAAGACGCGUGUAACGGCGGGUUAAAGACAAGAGGGAAUUCUAAAAAGUUGCAAUUCACAACCCCGUCUACAGCUUGGUAAAGUUCCAACGGAAAAAUGGACCUAGUUACUUUAUAGGAGUAAUACUAAUAAAAUAAAAAUGUAUACCAUUUUUAUUCAGUUGCAAUGUCUUAUUUUUCAUUUAGAACAGGAAGCGCAAACCAGCCCUCUGAAUUGACGAUUUUUGACUCUUUUUGGAGUCAUCAUCGGAGAGGCGUAGGCUUGCUGCUCUCUGCUCGAAGUGACAAAACCACGAAAGCUUAUCCCCGCAUUGCAACUGACGUUAAUGGAGUAGGUGACUAGCGUCACUGGCCACUGAAAGGCAAGCUGUAGACAGGGUUGUGAAUUGCAACUUUUUAGAAUUCCCUCUUGUCUUCAAUGCAGCAUCCAUCUGGCUUGCAAUUUUUAGAAGCCAUAGAGGUGUUACCAGGGAAAUGGACCAAUAAGUUUUCAAUUAAAAAUCUUUUAUUAAUAUUUUUAAUAUUUUUCAAUAUUAUUAAUGUUUAUAUUAGGUUGAAAACUUUGCCUUUCAGUGGCCAGAUGACGCUAGUCACCUACUCCAUUAACGUCAGUUGCAAUGCGGGGAUAAGCUUUCGUGGUUUUGUCACUUCGAGCAGAGAGCAGCAAUCCUACGCCUCUCUGAUGAUGACUCCAAAAAGAGUCGAAAAUCGUCGAUUCAGAAUGCUGGUUUGCGCUCCCUGUUCUAAGUGAAAAAUAAGACGGUUUUGCCUUCGCAUUGCAACUGAAUAAAAAUGGUAUACAUUUUUAUUCUAAGGGUUUAACUUUAUUGUCAAUUUUCUACUUUAUCUGUAUCUAAACAAACUCAAGAAGUUCGUAAGCAAUGGAGUUUUAGCCGGUUUCGACAUAUUCUUGAAUUUUCUGAAGUUUUGUUUUGUCUAGAAGUUUUCACUUUUCCUAUUCCAUCCAGGUAUGUACUGAUUACGAUAGCCACUAGGAAUGUAUAUUUUUUGCUGUACCCCUAAACCAUUUAUCAUAAUUUUUUAUGUUGGAGUACGAGUAUCCGGCGAGUACGUUGGUAAGGGGAGGUCAGUUAAACUUUAGAAAAGUUAAUAAUGAUUUAGACGUAACACAGACCUGCUGGAAUAGUUGUAACCAGAGGAAUUUCGAUUUUUUAUCUAGAGAUCUCAAAGAGAUCAAAUAUUUGUUUUCCGAAUAUAUACUAUCACACUAUUUUUAUCAACAUCUAAUCAUGUAUUUAAAUUAUUUAAACCAUUUUUAUGAGGUAUAGUCCAGUUGAGUUCUGUUCUAAAAUAGCUUGCUUCAGUUGGUUGAGUCAGUAAGUCUGACAUUUUUAGAGGAAUGUAUCGGUUGGAGGAUGUUGUUUAUAACUAGAUUAUAAAUGUGCUCUAACUGAAAAAGUCGUAACAAAUGCAGGAAAAAUUUCAAAUCGAAGAGUCAUCGUUAUAAGCCACUAUUUUUCCAUGGUUUGUGCUUAAUAUAUGUAAAAGUAUCAUAUUUAUGAAGAAAUUGGAAGAAUUGUCCAUCCUACAAAAAUGAAAAAGUGCGAAAACAGUUGAAAAAUAACCGUUCGGAAUUUUUCUUAUGGGAAUUGAAGAUUUUAUCUACAAAACAAUGGAGUGAAGAAAAGUGAGCCGCCGUUUUUCUGUUUAUAUAAUUUUUAGAAAAAUUAAUUUUAUGAAUUUUUAGCAAUUAACCGAUAUUCUUAGUGGAUUUGACAGCAUCGUCACGUAAAUCAAACAUACCGAUGACAAACAACUUUUUACAUGUUAAAAAUUUGAAAAUUUUAGAAUUUUCCAGACAGAGAGUUAUUGCAACAGAAAAAAUUUAGGCAUUUUUAUUUACACCAUUAUUUUGGAGAUACUUCCUCUAAAAAUUUUUAUACCAAUUUUUCACAAAUUUUUUAAAGGUGUCGAUUUUUGAUAGACAAAUUUCCAAACGUUUUUUUUACAAUUCUUUAUGUGAGUUUUCUCACAAAUAAUUAUUGUAUGGUUCUUUUCAUGGGCAUUUUUCAGUCACAAAUGAUGGAAAAAAAGGUAAGUCCGUGAUAAUACACAUUUAUAACAUUUAUUCUAACAUGACAUUUUAGUUAAAUCUGUCAGUUGUCACAUUUUAUUUGCAAUUUGGCAUAAAAGCAAAUCAAUGAUGUUUAUUACAUUUAUAAAAUUGUAUUUUCUUUGAUUUGUAUAGUCUUUGUACAGAUUAUAUUCGUAGAUAUAUUAUAUAAUUCGUAAAUAAUUUUUUUUGAUUAUAGCGCCAUCUAUCAACCACUAGAAUAAACGUUAUAAAUGUCUGUAAUCACGGACGUGCCUUUUUUCUGUCACAUACAAUUUAAUGCGUUAGAAAGAAAACGAAAAACUGUGACGCACUGAAGGAUGCCUAUGAGAAAAAGAUUACAAGCAUUUUUGAUAGGCAAUUUAAUUGCUGGCAAUUCUAUUUGUAUCCCUUUUUGUCAUGUAUGUUAUGCUUUCGAAAUAUUCAGAGUGAAAGGUUGAAAAUCGGAUGUAUACCAUAGAUUUUUUCUUUUUUCCUUAAUUUUUCAUAAUUGUUUCAUGGAGCAUAUUGAUAUUCUCGUUAUAUGGAAACUAACGCAGACCUUUCUACAAAAAUAUAAGGUCCUACUCUCUUCGAACUAACAUAAACAGAUCUCACCUGGGCUAAUAUAAAAUUAUACGUACUUUUUUGUCUCGGAAAAAAUUCAAAGCAGCACAGAUAUAUGGCAUUCGGAAAAUUCAGAUUAUAAUUUAGUAUUUUAAAAAUUAUUUCUUUUUAAAUAUUCUGUUUUUGCAAUAUUAUCCGGAGAACUUUGCCACUUCCACGCUGUUCAUUAUACAAAAAGUAUAAUUUAUUUUAUUUCCUUUUAAACAAUUUUUGAACCUUUUAAAAGUGAAUUGUUAAUGUAAGUAUACUUGUAUUUUAGAAUUAUUGUAUGUAUCGAAGACUGUAUGGUGUGUAUUUUAAAAAUAAUGUACUUUAUUAUAUACGAUUGGGUUAGUACAUUAUACUGAGGUAUACAGAAAUAGUUUCAUAGUUGUAUAAUUUUGAAGGAUUUGACAAAGUACAAUAUUUUUAGAGUACACGGUGUUAAAAAUAUUAGGUUUUUACGUCCAGUGCAUAUAUAUUUAUUUGCAUAAAUAUAAUUUUUGCUCAAUAAGUUUUAAAUCGUACAGAGUGAUCUAAUUUUAGAAAAAAGUUGAUUUGUGAACAUACUGUUUAUCGGAUUUUUAUAGUUAAUCAUUUAUACAUCAAUGGACACUUAUUUACAUAGAAAUAUAUUAUAAUUUUAAGUAGGAUGUCAUCACUUGAACACUGUACACUUUGACGUCAUAAUAUUUCACUCCUUGUGGACACGGAAAUCCUAGAAUGGAGGACCAAGGAGAAGACGUGGGAAGACCUCAAAAGAGAUGAGUAGAUGACAUAAGAGUAGUGGCAGGCAAACAGUGGACUAAAUUGGCGCAAUAUAGAGAAAGAUGGAAGCAAUUGGGGAAGACCUACAUUUACGAGUGGAUGAAAAAUGGUUGACGAAAAAGAUGACUUCUAUGACUUGACACUAACUUCUUGCUGUGUCAGCGUCAUAUCAAGUUCAUGUGCUCAGCGUGAACUUAGUAUCAAGUCAAUGUCAAGUCAGUCUUAUGUUAGAGGUUAUACUAUGAGUGAAAGAUUAUGACGUCAGUGCUGUGUCAAGUGAUGAUAUCCUGCUAUUGUACACUGGGGUGCAAAAUUAACCGGACACCUUAAAAAUGGGUCAUUUUUGAUGUCCCUAAUUUUCUAAACCCGUUGUCUGAUUUAAGUAAUUUUUUUAAUAUGUUAUAGCCUUAUUCUUUAAGAAUAUCGCAUUUGUUGCUAAACAGUUAAAUUUUCAUUGUAUACCGGGUGUACCAAUCAUAUCUGUUUUUUCUCAAAGUUCGCGUCACCCUGUGGAAUAUUUUAGCAUUUAUAAAAUACUAAAAUUAAAAUCCGACUAUAGCCUCAUGUUUUCUCAACAUUCUGUUUUUUGAUUCAUUCGCUUACAUUGGACCAUAAAAAAGUUAGGUACUUUAACAACUAGCCAUGUUUUUCACCAAUACAGGGUGUUUUUAAAUAAGUAUGGCAAACUUUAAGGGAUAAUUCUGCAUGAAAAAAUAAUGACAGUUUGCUUUAUAAACGGUAUGUCCGCAAAUGCUUCGUUUCCGAGAUAGGGGGUGUUAAAAUUUUUCUUACAAACUGACGAUUUGUUUUUUGCUUUAACACCGGUUGAGAUAUGCAAAUGAAAGUUGGUGGGUUUUAAGACGUAGUUAUUGUACAUUUUUUGACAUACAAGUAAGAAUUUAAUAUUCACCAUUAGCGCGCAUACGGGUAAUAUGAGCCGUCAUAUUACCCGUAGGCCCCCCAAUGGUAAAACAUUAAAUUCUUAAUUGUAUGUCAAAAAAUGUGCAAUAACUACCUCUUAAAACUCACCAAAUUUCAUUUGCAUAUAUCAACCGGUUUUAAAGCAAUAAAUGAAUCGUCAGUUUGUAAGAAAAAUUUCAACACCCUCUAUCUCAGAAACGAAGCAUUUGCGGACAUAGGUUUAUAAAGCAAACUGUCAUUAUUUUUUCAUGUAGAAUUACCCCUUGCAGUUUGCCAUACUUAUUUAAAAACACCCUGUAUUGAUGAAAAACAUGGCUAAUUGUUAAAGUACCUAACUUUUUUAUGGCCCAACAUAAGCGAAUGAAUGAAAAAAAAAACAGAAUGUUGAGAAAACAUGAGGCUAUAGAUGGGUUUUAAUUUGAGUAUGUUAUAAAUGCUAGAAUAUUCCACAGGGUGAUGCCAAGUUUUAGAAAAAACACAGUUUCAUUGGUAUGAAACAUAUGGUAUACAAUGAAACUUUACGUGUUUAGCAACAAUAUUAUUAUAGCGAUAUUGUUAAAGAAUGAGGAUAUAACAUAUUAAAAAAUCACUUAAAUCGGACAACAGGUUUAGGAAAUUCGAGACAUCAAAAUUGGCCCAUUUUUAAGAUGUCCGGUUAAUUUUGCACUCCAGUGUAUUUUACUCUUCACCAUGUACUGUCUCUACUAAUAGAAAUUGACAAAGACAGCAGCAAAGUCGUCUCUAAUCUCAGUUGUUCUUUUAAGUUGUUUUGUGUGCUGAUAUAUAAAACUGACGGUGUUUGACAAGACUGUUCUAGAUAUCAUAAAUAAAAAGCACAGAUCUCCUAGAACAACUAAAUAGAAAUAGAUCUUGAUAAAUAAAAGAACAACAGCGAUUUUCAUGGUUUUCGUGUUGCGUUUUGGAACAUUUUCGCUCGAAUGACUUUGUCAUAAGAUUAUAUCACUUUGUAUGUGUAUAAUAUUCCAGAUGGAAAUUGAUUUUCCCAUGUGUCUAAAAGUCUUAUAAAAAUUCCAUUUUGUCUAAAGGAAAUAAUGUCAUUCCAAUGACUGAGGUCACUUUUUGGUAUAGUUUAUUUCUAGUUUUAACAUUUUUUUAUUUGAUCCGAAAUUAUUUGGUUAAUCUUAAAAAUUAUUUAAUAUUUCAAGUCAUUGAUUUAUAACAAAAAUGCAUUGACAGCUAAUAAUACAUAUCUAAUUCCUAUUGUGUUAUAUUAAUUAAUCAUAUACUUACUAGUGAUAUUGUUAUUAUUCAGUUAAUUUUUAUUAUUGUUUUUUAUAUUCUCUUGUAGAAUUAUUAUGUGUUGGGGUCUAUGAGACAGGCGGGUUGGACGUUUGAGGCGGGUGGGAAUUGAUAAUCUCCCGUAAUAUUUGUAGUAAUCCAUUCAAUCGGUACAAUAGAUAUGCGGAUGACACCGUUAUCUUAGCUGAAAAUAUUGAAGAGCUUCAGAGACUGCUGAAGAGAACAGCGGUAUAUGGCCAAGAAUUUAUGAGAAUAUCUAAAACUCGGAAGAAAUAACGAGAAUCUUUUUAUAAACGGCACCAAUGUCGAAUGAUUAGACCAAUAUGCAUAUCCUAAAACAAUGAUUAACUCCACAAACCGUUGACUCAGAACGUCCACAAACGAGUACACGCUUUUCAGAAAAUCCGUGAUAGCUAAUUUUAAGCAAAACCGCUAUUAGCAAUAGUUUUUUGACAAAUUCUAUUAUUUAUCAACACCAUGCGACACAUUCAAUAUAAAUUGUUCACAUUUAUAAGGAACGAAACUCAAGUGAAUUGCCGCUGUAUACACCAGUCGUAAGUAAAUAUAGAAACCUAUAUUUCAACAAAUUAAAUAUUUUGUUCAAAAGCCGUUAGAUGGCAGCACAAGUAUUCAUUGGACGGAAUAGAAUGUCCGUAAGACCAUAAUCGGGGACAAUGUGUUAAUGAUAAAAACACAUGGAGCUACGUACAAAAAAUUAUAGAAUAGGUUGCCCUCAAUUGAGGACAAGGAAAUGCAGCUGCGUUUAUAUUAAGCAUUUUUUUAGCUAAACACAGGCAAACUCAAAAAACGGCGUGGCUUGGUGCAGCACUAUUAAGGGGAUGGGUACGAACUUUCAGCUUCAAUGCUAUUUAAAUGGGAUUAAUUUUUUUCGAAUCCUGAGAAAACUCAUAAGUAUUUUUGAAAAAUUUAAACGCAGAAUGAAAGAUUACAUUAUUACCAAGGGCCGAAGGUCCCUGAAAACUUCUAUAAUGUUUAUUUUAAUAAGUUACAGGGGUGAAAAAUUAAGAGAAAAUUCAGUGUGAUUUUUAAUUUCAAAUAUCUCAUUCAAAAGAAACUUUUUAUUCAUUCUAACCUAGGUCUAAUGUGGUCGUGGAUAGACUAAUUUCAGGGCUUUCUUAUGGAGGUUUUGGUUUAAAAUUUUAUUAAUUGUUUGUUCGUUAUAGCCAUUGUUUACUGCUAUUUGUUUAAUGAUGUUCAGUUCUACUUCGAAGUUAUUUUUUGACAUGGGAAUUUCUGUCAGUCUAUGUAUCAUGCUAUGGUAGGCUGCUAAUUUGUGUUGUGUAGGAUGGGAUGGUGAAUUGUGUAUAGUUGUCUCAGUAUGGGUAGGUUUAUGAUAUACGGAGAACUCAUGUUUGUUGUGUAGUCUGGUAAUUGUUACAUCUAGAAAGUGUAUGGACUUAUUCUGUUCUGUUUCUAUUGUAAACUCAAUAUUACUAUGAAGUGAAUUAAUGUAUGAUAGAAAUUGGUCAAGUUGCCUGUUAGUUCCUGUAAAGCGUACUAGUAUAUCAUCCACGUAUCUCCACCAAUAUAAGAACUGUUUAAAUACGGGAUGUUUAGAAAUAGUUAUUUCAAGCUGGUUCAUAAAUAUAUCUGAUGGCAAUGGGCUUAGAGGAUUACCCAUAAUAAGUCCUGCACUGUUGUUUGUGAAGUAGGUGUAAAAUUUCAAAUGCAAUGAUCGGAUUUGUAUUAUGGUCUAAAAGAUUUUUAACUAGAACAAAAGUUUCUAUAGGAGAAACACUAGGAAAAAGAUUUUUUACGUCGAAUGAAAUUAGUCUGGAGUUGUUGCGCAAUUGAAAAUGUUGUAUUUUAUUAACUAAUUCUAGUAUAUUUUUUACGGUGAAUUUAGGUGAAAAAUUUAGUGUAUUCUGUAAUAAUAUCUGACAGUUUUUUUGAAAGUUUAUAUGACAGAGCUAUAUAAAAAGAAACUACAGAUCUUAUUGGGUGGUCACACAGAUCUGUAUCUACGUUGUAAUCGAUCGGGCGGUCAGCGUGUACUGAAUGAUUUCCCAGCACAGACUGCCAACCCUCCUGACUUGUUUUCAAGCCGCGUGCACGUGGCGGCGUAGCAGAAACUAUCGUGUUCUCAGUGCACUCCGCGGGUCAGCUCGAGUGUGCAGUGAAUAAAAUUCAAACGUACUGCUGAACCGCCAGCGAUCGCACGUAGCUUUGUCGGCUGAUGGAUGAGUAGUAUGAUCAGAGUUAUGAAUAUUGAUCCCUACAGGGCUUUUCAUUAAUAGUCAUUUGUUUCGAGCUUCUGUCGUAUGUCGUAUACUCCGUGUAUAUUAAUAUUAUACACAGAUUAUACAACAUACGACAGAAGCUCGAAACAAAUGACAAUCGAUGAAAAGCCCUAUUGGAACAACGUAAAACACUAAUAAUUAAACACUCUCGUGGAUUAACCGGACACAGUAGAGAUUUCUUGUAGUGGCACCAUUAACAAAGUAAAAAUUAACUGAAUAGUUCCAUAUGCAUUCACAAUGAAGACGUAAGUAAAGUAAAGAUAUUUUUAAACUACUAGUCAAUUUGAAAUUAUUUUAAAAUGUACAAAACUGUGUAUCUAUCUUUUGCGUGAACUAAGCUUUGUAAAUUAUUAGAUAUCUUAUUUUUAGUAUACAUAAUCUGUAGUAACAAUGACUCAUUAAAAUAGUUUUUGUUACCUAUAUCAUAUUAAAGUUAUUAUAGCAACUAGUUGUUGUACUGUUGAAAAGUGUAUUAUUCUGUGUUGUAGCAAUAAACAUACCUAUCUUAUAUUAAGACAA